AUGUCGAACCAGGAGCUGGACGACGUCCAGCGCCUGCAGGCUACACGACAGGCCAACAAGGGCGACAUUGGUUUCGGGAGUACGAAAGGCGACGAGGAGACCUAUGGCGCGCGCACAUCGCGUUCGUCGUACGUCGACUCGCUGCCGACCGAUCGCAGCUACGGCGACGCUGGCGACGAUGACGACGACAUUGGCGCCGCGCACCGACGUGCAAACCCUCUGGACGCGUUUUCUGCACCCCAGCAUCUACUUAAUGAAUUCGCUGACGACUCGUUUGAUCCACUCGCGGACCGCGUGGCGCAGCGCCAGAUUGCCGCGCGGCAGUCGGACUACCAUAACCGGCGCUUCCAGCGGGAUCUGGGCCCAGACCGACGCGAUCCAUUCUCGGCGGAUGGUGCACAGGAAGAUGAAGGGUACGGAGAAGCCAUGCGCCGCGCCAAUCUAGAGCGUGAGGAGCAGCGUGUGCGCCGCAUUAUUGAGGACAAGGAGCGCGAGGCUGAGCAGGGUGGCAAAGACGAUGCAGACGCGAAGGAGCGAGACGUGACCCCGCCAGCCACACCGCGCGUGGAGCGCAAGCGCCGCUGGGAUGUGGCACCGGACGAUGCGCCCCCUGCUGAGGAAACGAAGAAGCGUUCGCGCUGGGACGAGGCGCCGGCGGACGAGGCGACGAAGAAGCGCUCGCGGUGGGACGAGGUACCUGCCGCUGAGGGGAGUGCGCCGCGCAAUCCUCGCGUGCGAUUUAUGUCAGAUGCAGAGCUUGAUGCGCUUCUUCCGAGCGAGGGCUAUAUCAUUGUCGAGCCGCCGCCUGACUAUGCGCCCAUCCGCACCGGCGCGCACAAGUUGGCCGAGGCGCCCGAGGGCAACGAGGGCUUCACCAUGCACGAGUCGUCGACGCUCGGCUCGAUGGCCGACGAUAUUGUGGCGGAUCUGCCUACCGAUGUGCCGGGCGUUGGGCAGCUUGCAUUUAUGAAACCCGAGGACCAAAAGUACUUUGGCAAGGUGCUCCAAGAAGACGACGAAGAGGAGCGCCUAUCUCGUGCUGAAGCCAAGGAGCGCGAGAUCAUGCGCCUGCUGCUCAAGAUCAAGAACGGUACGCCGCAGCUGCGGAAGCAGGCGCUGCGGCAGAUUGCCGAUGGCGCACGGGACUUUGGGCCUGGGCCGCUGUUUGACAAGAUCUUGCCGCUGCUUAUGGAGCGUACGCUGGAGGACCAUGAGCGGCACCUACUGGUCAAGGUCAUUGACCGGGUCCUGUACAAGCUGGACGACCUCGUGCGGCCGUACGUCCACCGCAUCUUAGUGGUGAUUGAGCCACUGCUCAUUGACGAGGACUACUAUGUGCGUAUCGAGGGCCGCGAGAUUAUCAGCAACCUGGCCAAGGCAGCCGGACUCGCCCAUAUGAUCAGCACGAUGCGCCCAGACAUUGACCAUGCGGACGAGUACGUGCGGAACACGACGGCGCGUGCCUUGGCUGUGGUGGCAUCCGCGCUGGGUAUUCCUGCGAUUCUGCCGUUCCUCCGCGCGGUAUGCCGCUCGAAGAAGAGCUGGCAGGCGCGGCAUACGGCGAUUCGUGUGGUACAGCAAAUGGCGAUCAUGAUGGGCUGCGCUGUGCUACCGCAUCUCAAAGGCUUGAUUGACUGCAUCGGUCAGGGUCUUGAGGAUGAGCAGCAGAAAGUCAAGACGAUGACAGCGCUGGCCCUGUCGGCGCUGGCCGAGGCCUCCGCGCCGUACGGUAUUGAAAGCUUUGAGAAUGUGCUCAAGCCGCUGUGGGUCGGUAUUCGGCAUCACCGGGGCAAAGGUCUCGCUGCAUUCUUGAAGGCGAUCGGCUUUAUCAUCCCUCUCAUGGACUCGGACAGCACGCUGUACUUUGUCAAGGAAGUGACGCCGACGCUCAUCCGCGAGUUUCAGAGCGCCGACGACGAUAUGCGGCGCAUUGUGCUGCGCGUCGUGCGUCAGGCGGCGGCGACCGACGGUGUCACAGGCACGUUCUUGCGCUCGGAGCUGGUGCCCGACUUUUUCAAGCACUUUUGGGUGCGUCGCAUGGCGCUGGACCGCCGCAACUUUAAGGAGGUCGUGGAAUCGACGCGUGCACUGGCCGAGAAAGUGGGCGUCGGCGAGGUUGUGGGACGCCUCGUGCACUUUUUGAAGGACGACAGCGAGCCGUUCCGCCGCAUGGCCAUGGACACGAUCCAGCACGUGGUUGGCACGCUGGGCACCGCGGACGUGGAUGAGCGGCUGGAGGUGCAGCUCGUGGACGGCAUGAUGUAUGCAUUCCAGGAGCAGUCGGUGGAGGACUCGGUGAUGCUGGACGGCACAGGCACGAUUGCGAAUGCGCUGGGUAUGCGGAUCAAGCCGUACCUGAUGCAGAUUGUAUCGACGAUCCUCUGGCGGUUGAACAACAAGAAUGCGAGCACGCGGCAGCAAGCUGCGGAUCUCACAACCAAGCUCGCGGUCGUGAUCAAGCAGUGUGGCGAGGACUCACUGCUGUCGAACCUGGGCGUGGUGCUCUUUGAGCAGCUGGGCGAAGAGUUCCCUGAGGCGCUCGCGUCGAUUAUUGCUGCGGAGGGCGCGAUUGCCAACGUGGUGGGCAUGACGCAAAUGAACCCGCCGGUGAAGGAUUUGCUGCCGCGCAUGACGCCGAUCCUGCGCAACCGCCACGAGCGUGUCCAAGAAGCGAGCAUCAACCUAAUCGGGCGUAUCGCGGAUCGCGGCGCCGAGUUUGUGAGUGCGCGCGAGUGGAUGCGUAUCUGUUUCGAGCUGCUGGACCUGCUCAAGGCGCACAAGAAGGCGGUGCGGCGCGCGGCAAUCAACAGCUUUGGGUACAUUGCCAAGGCGAUUGGGCCACAGGAUGUGCUGCAAGUUCUGUUGACGAACCUGCGUGUGCAGGAGCGCCAGAGCCGAGUGUGCUCUACGGUCGCGAUCGCGAUCGUGGCCGAGACGUGUGGGCCGUUCACCUGCCUGCCUGCGAUUUUGAAUGAGUAUCGCACGCCCGAGCUGAACGUGAAGCACGGGUGCCUCAAGGCGCUCAGCUGGGUUUUUGAAUACAUUGGCGAGAUGAGCAAGGACUAUGUGUACAGUGUGGUCACACUGCUCGACGAUGCAUUCACGGACCGCGACGUUGUGCAUCGCCAGACCGCCGCGAGCAUCGUCAGGCACCUCGCACUGGGCACGGCCGGCCUCGGCAAGGAGGACGCGAUGCAGCACCUGCUGAACCUCGUGUGGCCCAACAUCUUCGAGACGUCGCCGCACGUGAUCAAUGCUGUGAUGGACGCCGUGGAAGCGCUGCGCGUGUCGCUCGGGCCCGGCGUGAUUCUGUACCAUACACUGCAGGGCCUCUUCCACCCUGCCCGCAAGGUGCGCGAGGCGUACGUGCGCACGUACAACACCAACUAUGUGGGUGCGCAAGACGCUCUCGUCGCUUACUACCCGUCGCUCGUGGACCACGACGACGAGCGCAACGACUAUGCGCGGCACGAUCUAGGCAUGUUUGUGUAG